UCCAGGCUCUUCAAUCUUCUCUCAAAAUGGCCUCCAAAUCUCUGACUAUCACCUGCUCUCUUCUUCUGGCUCUCAUCUUCUCAGGCAACUCAGCUUGCAAUGCCGCUCGAGUUCUGUUAGAAGAAACUCCAAAGGAGGAAUACCCAUCGCUGCCUAAGCUAGAAUUGCCUCCUUUACCUGAAUUCCCAAAGCUAGAGUUGCCUCCGCUGCCGGAAAUUCCUCACGAGUUACCCAAACCGGAGUUGCCUCCAUUGCCGGAGAUUCCACAUGACUUGCCCAAGCCAGAACUGCCGCACUUGCCGGAAAUCCCUCAUGAGCUCCCCAAGCCAGAGUUGCCACCUUUGCCAGAGAUCCCUCAUGAGCUCCCCAAGCCAGAGUUGCCGCCGUUGCCGGAGAUACCACAUGAAUUGCCCAAGCCGGAGGUUCCGGAGAUACCGCACCAGCAGCCAGAAGAGCCCCACCAUCCUUGAUAUGUGUUCUGUGGGUUUGAACAUUGAAGUUGUUUCCUUUUGAUUCUAUCAUCUGAUCGUAUGUUGCUUUCUGAAUUUUUCUUUUUGAUUUUUGAAUUGUUGGUUGUGUGUUUAUGUACUUGUUAUACGUACAUUUGUGGUCUCUCUGUCGUGCAUUAGUUUGUUGGUGGAUUCCAAAUAAUUUUUUUCUCUA